GAGAACUUAACCAAAAAAAAAAGUGCGUGACAUAAAUUUGGUAAAUAAAUGUAGUGGUCGGCACUUCGGCAGAUUUAUUUAUUUUAUCAAUAUAUAAAUUAUCCUUAUCCGUUCAACAAAGAUGAUAAGACACACAAUAACAAGUGAAUAAGUUUGUGAUCGGGGCUUGCUAGCAGCGAUGUUACUUAGGAGUCGGUGACAUCAGGAAAAUAGUUGUGUGAUAUUUUGUUCUUCGAUAUUUUAAUGGGUUGUACAGUUUCGUGUAUGCAACAAAUGACAAUGUCGUUGUUUUGUAAAAAUUCCAGCAAUAGUGUGAGUGAUUUACAAGGAAAAUUAGAAAGAAAAUUAUAUCUCGCAAAAGAGUCCCCUGAACCAGAUUUUGAUAUAUCCGAUUGUGAGCUACGACGUGUGCCAUCCGGAAUAUAUUUAUGUUGCAAAGUGUACAGAAAACAAAAUUUGUUUUUACAGAACAAUAAAUUGGAAACAUUAAAUGGUGGAGGCCUUUUAUCAGACUUAUAUAUAAUCAAAGUGCUCAACAUAAGUUCCAAUAAAUUCUUACAAAUACCUUACGAUAUUAAGUACUUGGUAAACUUAACUGAAUUGUAUGUUCAGGAUAAUUUUAUAGAAUUUAUACCUGACAGUAUAGAAUCACUGCAAAAUCUCAGGAUUUUUAAUUUGUCUAGAAACAGGCUUAAAUGUUUAACACCCUAUUUGGGAAAACUAAUAAAUUUGAGAAAACUCAUAAUUUCGGAAAACAAUACUUUAAAAGAAUUAUGUCCGGAGCUAUGUUUUGCAACAAAUAUUAUUUCCAUUGAAAUAGAUGCUGAGAAUUUUAUUUUUCCUCCAUCAGAGGUGGUUUCUCUUGGUACCGAAGAAAUUAUGAAAUACCUGUGUAAAAAGUCCAAUACUGAUUACAUUCCACCUAUACCUUUAGAUUCAGAACUUCCAUCUGUUCAGUCACCAAGUGCAGUAAUGGAUCCAUUUCAUAAACCUAGUAUAAAAACUUGGGAGGAACAAGAAGCUGCUAUUAUUGAACAAGAAAACAAAUACCAUGAAGUUGCUAAACAACAAAGAGAAAAGUUUCUUUCAAAAGUGCUGCAAGAGCAGCAAGAGUUGGACUCUGAGAUAGCUAAAGUUCAUGGGAAUAAAGAAUUGGAACGCCAAAAAUUAUUAAAAGCAAUACAAGAAGAGGAAAAGGAUAUUGAAUUUUUAGUAAAUAAAUUUAUUCAAUCUGAGUUUUUGAAACCAGAAAUUUUGCAGCAACAAUUAGCACAUGAACAAUUGGAACAUGAUCGGCUACUUGAAAUAGUAAGACAGAACUAUGAUAAUGUCAAAAAGUUUGAAGUUUUAAAAGCCAUGGAAAUGCUGAUAGAAGAAGAUUUUUGUAUUCAACAUUCUAAAAAACACUAUGAGAAUAGCUUGAGUCUUGUGAAACAAAGCGCUCUCAUGCAAGAGUUGGAAGGUAAUGAUAAAUUAGAGGAACUUCUUCUUGCCAAGGAUCAGUCACGCACAGCUUUGGUAGGACAGCUGUUAGAAGAUCAAGAUGUCCAAAAAGCUUUAGUGGCUUCAUUGAUGGAAAAAACUGAUGCCAGAACUUGGAGUUUGAAUGAAGAAAUUUCAUUAAUUUCUUCACACUUAGUUAGACUUAGCGCAAUUGAGCAAGAGAAGAAGAAAAUGGAAAUCUCUUACAAUUAUAAUGCCUUAUUACAUCAGAGAGUGCAAAUGGUAAAUUUAUUAGAUGAUCUAUUAGAACAACAGUCUAAGAGAAGACAUCAGUUGAUUAACACUUUGAAAGAAAUGGAAAAUGAGGCAGAUUUCAAAAGUUCAGAUUUUUGGCUAAGAAAUUAUCAAAAGUUGAUAGAUUCAGCCCCAAGGAACUUAUUAGACGUGGGAAAACAUUUGGAUCCAGCUUUUGCUAGUCAACUUUUGGAAUAUGGUGUUAUACAUUGUUUACCAUUUUUAGUGAAAUUCCUAUUCUCUGAAGGUUCUCUGUUAGACAUCACUCAUGAUAAUUUAAAAGAAUGUGGUAUUUCGUUGUCAUCUGAUAGAGAUAAUAUUCUGAAAGCCAUAGAUAGUUAUGUAGGGGCUAAGAACCAAAGUUAUCAGAAUAUUGAUAUGCCUGAUUCGUCAAUACCAAGUGCCCCACCUAAGCAGGAUAUUGAAGAACAGAAUUGUACAGGUGUAGUAACAGCUAAUGAAGUACAGGAUUCAAUAUAUGAAUCUGAAUGUGUUAUUUGCAUGGAUUGUAACUGUGAAGUUGUUUUUGUUCCUUGUGGUCAUAUGUGCUGUUGUCUCAUUUGUUCAAAGAAUGAGAUGGACAGUUGUCCCCUAUGCAGAAGUGUCAUUGAGAGAAUAAUUCAAGUCAGAGUUGCUUGAAUUUUGUUAAUAAUGUACAAUUUGUAUGCCCAAAUAUUUAAAACAGUAACAAAUUUGUUAUAGAGUACCUAUUUUGUAACUUUAAGGGAUGUACAAAUAUUUAUUUUAAUAAAAUAAAAGCAAUAUAACAAUUUAUUAGCUAUUAAAAAUAUUAAAUUAAAGAGGAUGCUUGUCAGAUACAGGAUAAUAAUCAUUAGCAAAAUAAUAUUAGAUUUAUAAAUUAUCUAUAAAAAAGGUUGUAUAAUUGUAUGUAUACAUCCUGGUAAACUUCUUGAGCAACGAAAUUUUACAUACAAAAACAUCUACUGCGCAUGUUUCUUUGUCUGUGGUUUUGCUCAUGAAGUUUGCGCGACCUAUACCUCUACUUGUUUUAUUUAUUCUAAUCGUAAUUUUAUUUAUCUUACAACAUCUUAGGUUUAAAAACUGCAAAUCAUAGAUAAGUAAGUUUUGAUAAUGCUUAUGAUAAUACUUGAAGCACAUGACGAUAAGGUGUUAAAGAUAUUUAUUACUUUAUUUAUUUUGCAUCAAUGCACACAUCAUUUUAUAAAACGCUUUCUUAUCUAUAAUAUUACAGAAAAUAAAUAACCGGCCAAGUGCGAGUCAGGCUCGCGCACCGAGGGUUCCGUACAAAACCGUAGGUAUAUUUUAAUAAUAUUAAAAAAUAUUUUUUAUUAUAUGAUGUAACUAAAAAUUUACGGUUUUCGCAAUUUUUCCUUUAUCUGUACUAUAAGCCGUUACUUCGUACUAAAUUUCAAGAUUCUAAGUUUACGAGUUUUGAUUCCCGUGCGAGUUUCGAAAAUUUGCGGCAUAAACGACUGUAUCUUUUGAUUGGUUUAGCUUAGAAGUUUGAUUUUUGGAGUUUACUCCUUAAGAAUCGAUUUGCAUAU